UUGGGUCUCAAACUCUCCGAGCAAUAGAGAGGGAAGAAAUAGAAGAAGUAAAAAGCCGAAAGGGCUUCUCACUCCCUACCUUUUGAUCAAAACUUUCACAGAGAGAAGAGAGAGAGAGAGAGGGGUACAAGGCGAAGGUGGUACACGAAGCAUCAUAGUGACCAUGUCCUUGGGUUAUGCAGAGAAGCUUUCCUACAUAGAAGAUGUGGGCCAAGUCGGAAUGACUGAACAUUUCGACACGCCUCAAGUUUUGCAAGAAAAAAUUGAGCGGCUUGCUAUGUUGAUACAAAAGAGUAAGCAUCUAGUAGUGUUUACAGGUGCAGGAAUCUCAACUUCUUGUGGUAUACCGGACUUUCGAGGUCCAAGGGGAAUUUGGACUCUGCAGCAUGAAGGCAAGGCUUUGCCGGAAGCAUCACUGCCAUUUCAUCGUGCAAUGCCGAGCUUGACUCAUAUAGCUUUGGUUGAACUGGAGAGAGCUGGAAUUUUGAAGUUUGUAAUUAGCCAGAAUGUUGAUGGUCUUCAUCUACGAUCUGGAAUACCGAGGGAGAAACUUGCUGAGUUACAUGGUAACUCCUUUCUGGAAACCUGCCCUUCUUGUGGAGUCGAGUAUUUGAGGGAUUUUGAGGUUGAGACUAUUGGACUGAAGGAGACUUCAAGACGGUGCUCAGAUAAAAAUUGUAGAGCAAGGCUUAAAGAUACAGUUCUGGAUUGGGAGGAUGCAUUGCCCUCAAAGGAGAUGGAUCUGGCUGAGAAGCACUGCAGGAUGGCUGAUGUUGUAUUAUGUUUGGGGACAAGUUUGCAGAUCACUCCAGCAUGCAACCUUCCUCUGAAAUCGCUCCGUGGUGGGGGAAAGAUUGUAAUUGUCAACCUUCAGAAAACUCCAAAGGACAAGAAAGCAAAUUUAGUGAUCCAUGGACUUGUUGAUAAGGUUAUUUCAGGUGUCAUGGACUUUCUAAAUCUUCAGAUUCCUCCAUUUGUCCGGUUAGAUCUUUUUCAGAUCAUUCUAACUCAAGCCUUGAGUUUAGAUAAAAAGAAUGUGAACUGGAGCCUCCGCGUAGCAAGUGUACAUGGACAGAAAGCUCCAUUGCCAUUUGUCAAAUCUAUUGAGAUAUCCUUCUUAGACAAUCAAGGGUAUAAAUCAGCUAUUCUACAGAAGGAACCAUUUCAAUUGAAAAGGAGAACCUUGCAGGGAAAAUCAUUUGAUAUGGUUUUGAAAUUCAACUUCAUAGAUAGUUGUGGUUGUCCGUCCACAGAAAUUGUUGUACCUCUUAAUUUUAAGGUUCCAGAAGACUGUCUUACGCUUGAUAAGGAUGCAGUAUUGCAAAAGCUGAGACACACAGCAAUUCAAGAAUCAUGCUGUGGGCAGAAUGCAAUUGUUGAGAGAAAUGUGAUGCUGACCCCAAAAACUAAGGUCAUUGCAUAUGCCAUUGUAACAAAUGUUGUCCGGUAUAGGAUGAGUGCUGAAGCCUUGCAAGCUGGUUCCCUAGGUAACGCCAUUAAAAGGCGAAAAGAAAGUGUCAACGGUUUUGAAACAUCGAGGAAGCGAUCAAAAAUGCACAGGCGCAAAUCUAGAUUUUAGAAACUGAACAGUUGGUGGUUCGGCAAGAACUUGUAAAUGGCACUGAAAAUCUAGAAAUUGAUGAAAGGUCACAGGCAUCUACGUUAUAGAAACCGACCGGUUGCGCUUGGUUUUCUUGUAAAUAUCUUAUGCUCAUUAGGACUGACGAAAAAAGUUUUGAGUUAGUAGGGACUGGGUGAAUUUUGUUAGAUGCUGCACUCAUCUCCCCAGCUAUGAAUAGGUGGUGUUAUAACUUAAUCGGCUAAUAUGAUUCAAAUUAUGGUCUUCAGCUC